CCUUGCAGUCGGUUCAUAGCCAUUGAAAAAAAGGGGGUAUCUCUUGGACAUGGUGGAGUAGGCAACGUAGGGGCGGCUUGGAAACCACCUGGUCAGGAAUAACCUAAUGGAAAUUGGAGGACGGAGGCCUUGCGAAGUCCGUUUCGAGGAGGUUUUCAUGGAGCGUUGAGAUUUUAUUAUGUGGUGGCUUGCCUUAACGAUGCUUACAUCUCCGACUUUCUCAUUAAUCGUGUUUGUGUGGAUGGGUUUAUCCGAGGCGCUUCAUUCCUACGAUGCGCUGUCGUUAAUAAGGAAACCUCGUGAAAUCGCCGACGAGCAUCUAAAUAAGAGCGCUAACGGGUUUCCAAGGUACGGUAUUGUCGCAUUAACACCCGCGCCCACGAUCGCGUCCUCCAGAAAACCGAUAAAUGUCGCCGCACCAGCAGCCACCACCACUGAACCACCAACAACAGACCCCACCACCCCAUCACUGUCUAAUCCCAGCUAUGUGGGCGCAUUUGAUCGGAGAAAGCCCAGUUUUCCUGAUAUACGCAUGAAAACGUCGCAGAUAUCUGACAAUAAAGCCGUGCCCGAUUUUAGGACAACCUCUGAAAAUUCUCAAGAGCUGGUGUGUAACUGCAGUGGAGAGGGCGUGUCGGACCCUGACGAGUGUGACCGUGAGACAGGUCAGUGUGAUUGUAUGCCGGGAUACACUGGUCUGGACUGUGAGGAGUGUGAGGAAGAUCACUUUACCAACGGCACCAUUGGAUGUCUGCCCUGUGCAUGUGACUCGUUUGGCGCAGACAGCUCAAGCUGUGACAGUUCAGGUACGUGUGUAUGUAAGACAGGUGUGUACGGGCCCAAGUGUGAUGACUGCCACCCUGGAUUCUUCCACUUCAGCACCACAGGAUGCCAGCCGUGCCAAUGCAACAACCAUUCGACUUACUGCCACCCACAGUCAGGUGUUUGUUUGGACUGUCAGGACAACACUCAGGGCCACAACUGUGAGGAGUGUCUCCCCAAUUUUUACCGUCGUCGUGGCGAGGAGUUAACGGAGGCCUGUGUGCCCUGUCCCUGCACCUCUGAGAGCUCCACCGGCAGCUGCCAUCUCGAUUCCAGUGGGCGGCCUGUAUGUGACAAAUGUAAGCCUAGCUUUUCUGGACCAACAUGCAAUGUGUGUAUCGACGGUCUCUUCAAAUCAUCAGGUGUGUGUGUGCCCUGCGACUGUAACGGGAAUGCGGAUCUUCGCUCCAGGCCUCAAAUAUGCCACCCUGAGACCGGGCACUGUCACCGUUGCAUCAACCACACAAUGGGCGCACACUGUGAUAUCUGCGCCCGUGGAUAUGUAGGGGACGCCCGCUCCCACAACUGCACCCGGAGAGCUGUGAAAAUCCUCCCAACUCAAGACAUCAAGACCUCCACUGCCGAAAAUCCCAAAUCCACACGUUCCAUUCUUUCCACACCUCCAUUUUGCCUCCUCACUUCCUCCUUCCCCUCCACCACCACCCACCCCAGCCUCCCGACCCUGCAGUCCGGCACUGUAGACUCUGCAGGACACAACAGCACAGCUUCGGCCCUGACCGUGGUGUCCUGGACGCAGUUUAACAUUAUCAUUCUCGCUGUCAUCAUCGUCGCCGUCGUUCUCCUCAUGGGCUUCGUCGGAGGCGUGUAUACGUAUCGCGAGUAUCGGAACCGUAAACUGAAUGCCCCUUUUUGGACCAUUGAGCUUAAGGAAGAUAACAUCAGCUUCAACAGUUACCAUGACAGCAUCCCGCACGCGGACCCUAAUGUACUAUUAGAGGAGGAGCCAUGCGUGGUAGCAGCCAAUGGGCAGUUAGCGCUAGCCACUGCCGCCAACAUGUACAAAGCGUGAAAAAGUUGUCACGAUUAUAUCUGCUCUGGGAGCCAAACUUACUUGUUUAUUUAAUUCUACAUAUUAUUUAGCUCCCCUAUGAGGUCCCAUUGCAUAUCCUCAUGCAACCUGUUCUCACAAAAGAUAUUUCCUGUACCAUUUUGGAGGACUCUAUUAAAUUCAAGACAAGCCAUUAACAUAUUACAUUAUGGUAGCCCAUAAACGCAUAGAAAAUAAUUAUUUACAAGAACAUUUUGUGCUGCCUCUUAAAUGAGACUCUAAGCUUUUUGUGUUUGAGUUUAAAGACAGUUCAGUUGAAACUUCUACAUGAAUAGGGCUUCAUCUCCCCUAUUAAAUAGGCAUGGAACUUGACAGACCUUUGGACCAGCACAGCAGGAUAAUGACAACUAAUACUGUUGUCUGUAUAGGAAGCCAACAAGUUUUUGAGACAAUAACUCUACUCUUAAAAACCGCCGGGCAUACGCAUGGAACUAAGGACAAUUACAUAAGCUUUUUAUACAUCCAAACAUCUUUACUCAGAAAAGAUAGGAACUUACAAGUUCAAAAUGAACAAGGCUUUUGUAAAGAUACCAAGGCUGCCAAUCAGGUGAUAUUUGUUAUGGAGGAAAAGUAUGUCAGUGCAAAGCGGCUAUCUUUGACUUGGACUAUUUCGUACACACAUCAAAGGCAGCGCUUUGAAAUGCAGUCUUUGCAAUAUAGUUUCCCGUUUCUUGCAAAGAUCAGAGGAAAUAUUUGUUACAAAUUGGAACCAAAAGCAAACAUGUUACAUAACUGUCAUACCUGGGUUACUGGUAAUACUCGCACCUGUUUCAGCCUUACUGUGUUUGUGUUUGUGUAUGUUUGUGUGGGUGUGUAUGUAUGUGUGUGGGAGAGAGAGGGUGGAGACAGUUUCAAUUCUAACUGUGUGGAGCUGGAUUCUACGCAGGAAUGUACAAAAAGACAGUGUGAGCAUGGAUAGAUUCUGCUGCAUAGUAUCACGAAUACUUAUUUAAAUAUUUGACACAAUAUUGUAGACACGAAAGCCAUGUAAGCAUAAAAAGACACAGUAGUGUACAAUAUUCUGACUUUUAGAGGACAUUGUGAAGUGUGUUUGGGAACCUAUAAGGUACAACAGAGGACACAAUUUGUUUUUUCACCUCCAUUUGUCCAAAAGGACACUUUUAAAUGUGAUUUGGGAUCAUUUUGAUGAUUUGGACAAAGGACUGGUCUUUUUAAUUGAAUUACUGUGUUGUUGUUUUUAACAUCAUUUUGACUACUAUUUAUUUAUCCUUUGUGUUUUGUCUCUGUUCUUAUUUUAUUGCUGUUUUUCAAUCAUCAUGCUGCAUUGUACAGUGUACCAUACUGAAUGCAAACUCUUGUGAAUUGUGAGCACAACCUCAUUGACAAGACAUGUUGGAAGUCUUAUUUCCUCCUCUGGAGUCUUAUUUUCUGUCUAUUUAUUAAGUCAGGUUACACAUUAAUAAUUCACUGUAUAUGGGAUGUCUGUGGAAAAUACUGUAUUUUCUCAUUCCUGAGUUGUCAAAUGACAGAAAUUAAAGGAUUAUUGAAUCAAAAUAUAUGCCUAAAUAAGACAGUAUAUUUUUCAGACUGAAUGCAAGUGAAUUGAGUGCUUUGCAAUUCCGUAGAAUAGUGAUUUGGAAUUUUAGACACACCUCAAUAUUUUUAAUCACAGGACUCUUAAAAAAAAACCUUUUUAAAACCUACUGCUGUGCAUGUUUUCCAGGUUCCAUCAUACCUUUCAAAAAACUCCUGAGAAUAGAAACCUUAAGGCAUGUACAGAUGUCACGACAGUCUUUGUUCCUCAAGUGAGUAGCUAAAUUCAGCUUAGUGGAUGAGGCAAGAGCAAUCAUUCCCAGAGAGCUGCUGGCAGACAUCCAGACCUAUAUCUGGUUGAAAUCCUCUUCAUAUUCAGUUAGAACGAUCUGAGCUAAUCAUGAUCAAAUCAGCUCUUUUGAUAGAUGUUUUUCCACAUUUGUGGAUUGUUUCUUGAAAUAAAUGAAUGCCAUAUACACGCAAAUCAUCCAAAGUGUUUAAGUUACUUUCUUUUAUAGGUUUACUGAGUAUUUGUUUGUGUACUAAUGUCAGUGACAGAUACAGUAGCAAGAAAAAGUAUGUGAACCCUUUGGAAUUAGCUGGUUUUCUUCAUUAUUUGGUCAUAAAUCUUCAUCAAAGUCACAAGUAUAGACAAACACAAUGUGCUUAAGCUAACAACACACAGUUAUAAUCGUUCAUGCCUUUAUUGAACACAUCCCUAUUAAGCAUUCACAGUGCUGUGGAAAAAGUAAGUGAACCCUUGGAUUUAAUAACUGGUCGAUCCUCCUUUGUCAGCAAUAACCUCAAUCAAGCAUUUCCAGUAGCUACAUAUUAGACCUGCACAACAUUCAGAAAGAACAUUUUGGAUCAUUCUUGCUUACAAAAUCCUGUAGGAUAUCUUGAUAAACUUGGAAAUGUGGUUUUCACUUGAUGAUGGCAAGCGGUCCAGGCGCCAAAGCAGCCCCAAAUCAUGAUGCUCCCUCCACUGUACUUCACUGUUGGGAUGAUGUUUUCAUGUUGGUAUACGGUGUACUUUUCAUGCCAUACGCAGUGCUAUGUGUUUCUCCCAAAGAAUUCAACCUUAGUUUCAUCAGUCCACAAAUACUUUUACCAGUAGCGUUGUGGUGUCAAGGUGGUCUUUUUCAAACUUAAGGCAUGCAGCAAUGUUUUUGUUGGAAGGCAGCGGCUUACUUCAGGACACCAUGCCUGUUUAAUGUUUUGCGUAUAGUAUACUUUCAAGAUAUAUGUCAACCAGUUCCAAUGAUUCCUUCAAUCUUUAGCUGUCACUCUAGGGUUCUUUUUUUACCUCAUUGGGCAUUCUGUGGUGUGCCCUUUGAAUCACCUUGGCUGGAUGGCCACUUCUAGAGAGAGUAGCCACAGUACUAAAUCGUCGUCAUUUAUAGACAAUUUGUCUAACUGUGGAUAGAUGAAUAUUUAAGCUCCUCUAGAUAACUUUUUAACCUUUCCAGGUUUAUGCAAAGCAACAAUUCUUGAUCGUAGGUCUUCUGAGAUCUCUUUUUUGAGAGGCAUGGUCCACGUUAACAGAUGCUUCUUAUGAAUAGCAAACUUAAAAUAUUUGAGCGCUUUUACAAGUCAAAGUAGCUCUAACCCACACCCUCAAUCUCGUUCCAUUAAUUGGAUGCCAGGUUUGCCAACUCCUGACUUGCUUUAGUUGACGUCAUUAGCCUAUGCAUUUAAAAACUGUACUUUUUCCAACCUACACUGAAUGUUGGAAUGUUGUAUUUAAUAUGUACAAGAACAAUACAAUAAUUUGUUUUAUCAGUUAAAACAAAUUUAUACAUAAAUGCAGGCAAUUCCAAGGGGUUCACAUACUUUUUCUUGCCACUGUACUACACAGUUUCAACUAGUGUGAAACUGACACUAGUUGUAUUACCCCUUUUUAAUUUUAGAUGCAGACACAAUAAAUUACCAGCGGCAGGCCAUGCAUUAAAAGUCUAGGCCUUCAGUGUGAUUCAUGCCAUUAAGAAAACACAGUUUCACAAUGAAUAAGACACCCUAUGCCUUUGGGCAUCAUACAUUAUGUCACAGCUAACUAGUAAUACCAAUUGACAUUUUAAAAACACGUCCAUGCACGAAAGCCAGAACUUGAAACAACUCAUAUUGCUCAAGCAAGCCUAAUUUUAACUGCAGCAUGACUGUUUUGUGAAAUGAAUGUCUCCCGAACAGACAUUCAAAAAUCAUAAUUUUUCAUAUGAAUCUACCAAGGAUGUCUAUAAUACCUGGAAAAAUCUAUCUAAUAAUAUUUGCGAUUUAAAUUUUGCUUGCAGUAAAUUUCGUUUUGUCAGGGUACACGGUUAUGCUGUGUUCCAUUCAAGUUGUAAUGAAUGGAUAUUCCUACUUGAUAUCUCCGACCAUAAAUCCAUUCCAUUCCCCAAUAUUUGGAACUGCAAUGCACCCGUUAGCUUAGCAGGGGUUUGACUCUCAUUAGAGAUGUCUCCUAGCAACCCAACUGAUGAACAAUGCUGCAGCACUAGCAUUUGUACUUCAUGUGUACGAUUAUCAAAAGAGAUUAUAAUGUUUUAUACACCUGUUUCUGCAGGCGUUUGUUAAACAUGCUUUAAUAUAAUGUAAUGU